UGAAAUUCACCGAGAAAAUCUCAAGAGCUGAAAUAGAUAAAAUUUAUUGUAAUUUUAGCAGUUGACCUGAUCUAAAUGUAACUCGGUAUUUUAGUUAGAAAUGAUCCAGAAAAUCAUAAAUGAUAAAUAAUAAAUGAAAUAAAUUAUUUUAGAUAACGAUGAGUUAUAAAUAUUUAAAGAAUUUGAAUGAGAUUUGUCAUCUGGGUAAAUUUUAUAAAAAAAUUUUAUGAGUGCGCUAUUGGUAGUGUUUGUGUAGAUGAUGGUAGUAGUAGCAGUAGUGGUGGGAGCUGAACUUUAUUUUUGUCUUCUUCAGUCUUGUCUUUUGUACAUAGUGACGAGGAUCGUUAUUAAGAUGGAAGACAGUUACACAGUGCACAGACGACGUAAAGCUGCUGCUAGAAGACGGGAUAAAACUCCAGAACCUUCACGAGCUGUUACUGCGGCUAUUGCUAAAGAUAUUGAUGAAGAAAAUGAUGAUGAAGAUAAAAAAAUACUGGAGGCUAGAGCGCGAAUGGAACAAAUGGUUGAAGAUACGGAAAAGAUGGAGGAGUUGGCUACUGAUGGAAGAUUGAAGUCACACUCGUCCAGUCCUACGUCUAUUAUUGAAGAACAAAUGGCAGAAGCUGCUGAAAUGAAGAACCAAUUAGAUUUAGUAGUUUUAGAGAAGAGUGAAAUUAAAAUAGAUGCUAAGGUUGAUGAUAAGAGGAAAGAUUUAAUGCAAUUGGAGAAAAAGGUUGAAGAAAAUUGUCAAGUGGAAAGUACUAAGUCUACUGCUGCAAUUGCUACUGCUACUGCUAUUGCUAUUGCUGCUAAUGUUAAUACUCUGACUGAACCAAUAGUCAACGAAAAUAGAAUGGAGUCAAACAGGCGGAUUAAAUCAUCUUCUUCGUCGUCGUCACAUGGAGAUAAAGCAGCGGUAAGAAGAAGAACUAGGCGUUCAAAGGAACGAAGAAGUUCCAGUGAUUCGAGUCUUGCUGAAGAUGAUAGAUCUAGUAAGAGUGAUUUUGAAGAAAGAAAGAAAAAAUCAAGGAAAAUACGUAAAGAUUGUAAAGAAAAAAAAGAUAGUAAAGAGAAGGAUAAUGAAAACAAAUUUAAUAAAGAGAAGAAAAAUGAAGACAAAUUUAAUAAAGAGAAGACGAGUGAAGAAAAAGAUAACAAAGAGAAGAAAAAUGAAGAGAAAUAUAGUAAAGAAAAUCAAGGUACAGAAGAGACACCGGUUAUCUAUUCAAAAACUCUGACACUUGUUGGCAAACAGAUUAUACCUCUCAGCAGCGAUAGUCUCAUUGAAGACUUUAAGAAAGCAGAGAGAGAUUACUAUGAUAGAAGGGAAUUAGGAAUUCUCGAUGUACAAAUUGAUGAUUACGUUAAUCCAAAAAUGGAAGCUGCUUUGAGAAAACGUAAAAGGAAAAAAACAAGGGAAAUAAUUCCGGAAGAAAAAACAGAGGAGAAAAUUGAGGAAAAAAAAUCUUUUUGGUCAUGGUUUGGAUUUUUUAAAAGAAAUGUUAAGCCAGAAGAAAGUAAAAUUGAACCUAAAAAAAAAGAAGAAAUUGUUAUUGAGCCUAAAAAAGAAGAAAUUAAGCCUAAGGUGGUCCAAAAAUCUUCAAGGAUAAUUGAAUUUAUACGAGCUUUGUCGGAUAUUAGAGCUGAAUUUCGCGCUUAUGUUGAUCAAAGUCCUCGAGAAGUUUAUUUAAUUCGCAAAAGUCGUAAUAAAUGUGUUGCUCAGUUAAUACUGAUAAUUAUAUAUUGCGGAUUAGGAGCUUUUAUUUUUCGCUUUACCGAGGGAGCUUUCGAGACAUUUUACAAGUGCGGAGUUAAGCGAGUAAAACGUGACUUUUUAGACAGUCUUUGGAAUUAUAGUCACAAUAUGCGCGAAGACGAUUGGAAAAGUAUGGCGAGGAAGAAGUUGAUGGAAUUGGAAGAACAGUUACAUGCAGCUCACGAAGCUGGAGUACAAUCGUACAGUGGUCAAAAAAGCUGGAGUUUUCUCAAUGCGGUUGUUUAUUGUCUUACUGUUAUCACAACAAUUGGAUAUGGCCAUAUAGCACCAAGCACAACGACAGGCCGAGCUAUCACAAUAGUUUACGCUAUUUUUGGAAUCCCGUUGUUCCUUAUUAUACUUGCUGAUUUUGGUAAACUAUUUACAAGAUGCAUCAAAUUUUUUUGGGCAUAUGUAAGAAGAGUCUACUACACAGGAAGUUGUCGGCGAGUGCGAAGAACUGCUCCUGUCCAAGAAGUGAUGAAAGGCGUUCAAUUGGUUUAUGAUCUUGCAACAUUCAGACGUCCAUCAGAACUGAGUCCUGAUGAACUAGCAGAAAUGCACAAACAGCAAACAGUUCUCAAUCUUGACGCUAAUAUACCUGUGAGCCAGCCUGGGACGCCAGUGACACCAGAACUCUCAAAUUUCGCCAUAAAUGAUGAAUUUAAUUUACCUAUUUCCGUAGCGAUUACUAUCUUAUUAGCUUACAUAUUUGUUGGAGCAACUGCAUUCAAUUUGUGGGAACAAUGGGGCUUUUUUGAAAGCUUCUACUUUGUUUUUAUAUCCAUGAGCACAAUUGGCUUUGGCGAUUAUGUACCGAAGAUGCACCCUAUUUACAUGAUGUGUUCAAUAGUCUACUUGGUGUUUGGUCUAGCCUUAACUUCCAUGUGUAUAAAUGUCGUUCAGGUGAUGUUGUCGGAUUCUUUUAAGCAUGCAACUCAAAAGAUAGGCGCGACUAUUGGUUUCGCAAUUGCUGAUGAAGAUGGAUCGAUACCACCGCCUGUACCGUUAGUAGAAGUAGCACAAGUUCAUACAACUAUUAAAGAAGAUGAUUGUGAAUGUGAAUGUGACUGUGUAAUCAAAGAUACUACUGAAGAGAUAAAAGCUCCAAAAGCUCACCAAGAAGAUGUUGACUUAUAAGGAUUUGUUGCAAAUAUAUCCAGAAUUUUAUUUGGAAAAAAAAAAGAAUAAUAAGAGAUGAGCAGAUGUACUUAUAUUAUUGACAAUAGAAUAUAGUGCGGAUGUAUACUUAUACAUUAUAGCUACUGAUCUGACGUCACAAUGUCCGCAGUAGCGUUUUAUGCUGUUGUGCUGCGACUACGUCAGUACUCGCAACUCGCAAGUACGUAUAAAUACAUUGGAGCUGGGAAUAAUAAUCAUAUAGGAACAUAACUUAUAAUUAUAAACCAACAGUAAUCAAGAUUUAAGAGCAAAUCUCUGGUGUGAAAAUCUAGGAGUCAAAAUAUUGUUAAUCAGCUAAUGAUGGCAAUUAUAUAGUUCUUUUUUUUUUUUUUUAUAUUAAUAUAGUAAUUUAUAAAAUUU